GUUACCGACAGUUGGGUAGCCUGACAGCUGUGCGGCGGUGUUGUCACGGUGUUUCCCGAGUGUGACGGAGAGCGAGUGGUUGUUGGUGUUUGUUGGAAGUGCUGCACAGCAGGCAGCAGGAGCUGCAGAAGUUUAUCGUCGUUUCGCCUGUCGUUCGGCUGCGUCGACAUGCUGGCGUCUCUGCGUCGAGCUUGUGGGCUCUUCGCUGCGAGAAACAUUAGGGGAGUGCAAACAACGGCAAAUCGUGCGUCGGAUCAGUUGUUCAUUCACAGAGACAGCGAGCAUGACAAUCCCAAUACACCGUUCGAGUUCAACGAGGCGAACAAGAAGCGGAUCGAGGCGCUCCUCGCGAUCUAUCCCGAGGGCCACAAGCGCGGCGCCAUGAUACCCCUGCUGGACCUGGCGCAGCGGCAGCACGGCUGGCUGCCCAUCUCCGCCAUGCACAAGGUCGCCGAGAUACUGGACGUGCCGCGCAUGAGGGUGUACGAGGUGGCCACGUUCUACACGAUGUUCAACCGCAGGCCCAUGGGCAAGUACCACGUGCAGAUCUGCACUUGCACCCCGUGCUGGCUGCGGGACUCGGACUCGAUCGUCAACGCCGUGACGAAGGCGACGAAUUGCGAGCUCGGCGGCACCUCCGAGGACAAGCUGUUCACCGUCUCGGAAGUGGAGUGCCUGGGCGCUUGCGCGAACGCCCCGAUGUUCCAAGUAAACGACGAUUACUAUGAGGAUUUGACUCCGGAAACCGCCACGACUAUAAUAAAUGCUUUCAAGAAGGGCGAGAGACCGUCGCCGGGCCCACAGAAUUCUCCGAGAUUCGCGGCCGAUCCCGCUGGCGGACUCACGUCGUUAACGACCCCGCCACCGGGUCCUGGAUUUGGAGUUAGGUCGGAUUUGUAAAAUAUGUGUUUUCGAUUAGGGUUAAUAGUGUACAUUAACGAAUGUAAAAAAGUUUCAAUAAACAGUAUAUCAAAAUAGAUAUACGGAUAGCGGA